UAUACCAAGCCGACUAGACUCGCGACGGGGACUUUGGGAAAUGUUGAGGUGCUAGGCAGAUCUCCGAGGCCUCCCGAGGACUUGCUAGAGGUCAUACGGGCUUUCUCCACCAGCCAAAAGUGGCAAGACCUUGACAAUGGUGUACCUGCCACCCCCUGCCUUGCGCUGGCUCGACCUGCCGAACAAGUGGCGGCUCGAGAGGGAAGAGAAGGGCAUCAAACCGUUCAGCUACUACCGCACCCCGGCCGAUCAAGAGGGGCUGGAAAAGAUGUGCUUCUUCACGUACAAGUGCACCAAGUUGGGCAUUGUGUUGGGAGUCGGUGACGCUAUUGCCGUAAGCCAUGCGAGCGGCUUGGUGCCCGUGCUUGGCCGCGUUGGAUAUUGGACGCUACCAAUCGUGACUGCGGGCGGUGCCUUUGUGGCAACCAACCUGAUUGCAACCAAGCUUACCGGCAAAGACAGCCCUGCGACGCACUUCCUGGGAGGUGUGGCUGCUGCAUCGGUGUUUGGUGCCAAAUGGCAGAGCAUGCGUGCGGGACUCUGGCUGUCGGCCAUCAUCGGGACGUGGGCUGCCAUCAGGAAGCACAGCAUGGACCACGACAUUGCGCUUGCUCCCACCCAGAAGUCUUGCGCCAAUUUCUUCCUCCUGAACAGGGUCGACUGGACACUUGUAUCGCCACGCUAGCAGGCGUUUCCCGACAUGCGCCGUCGUUUAGCCUGCUCCUCGUAGAAUAAACUUACGAUCCUGUCAGUGGCCCAA